CUUUGCUACUUGUUUUAUGUUAGUAAACACUGUGCACCGUGUGGCGUAGUGUUGUUUCCCGGUAUUGAGGAAUCAUAGUGAUGGCAGACAUAGAUGAUAACAUGACAGUAACAGUUGAAGAAGAACACCGUCGGAAGCCUGAAGAUGAAGUUCGACGCAGAAAGAAGCGUAUAUACAAAGCACUGAAGAACCAAAUGGAAUUUUAUUUUGGUGAUGCUAAUUUAACAAAAGACAAGUUUCUCAUUGAUUUAAUAGAAAAAGAUAAAUAUGUCGAUCUUGCAAUUUUUUUGCGCUUCAACAAGAUACGAUCAUUAACUUCAAAUAUAGAAGAUAUUGCAAAAGCAUUAAGAGACUCUGAGAUUCUGUCCGUCACCGAGGAUGGGACAAAAGUGUACCGUACAACACCAAUACACAUCAAGGAAAAUGAGGAAGAUUGUACCAUAUAUGUGGAGCAGCUCCCACCUGAUGCUGAUCAUGAGUGGCUCAAGAGAGUAUUUUCGUCUUAUGGUGAAGUAGUAUAUGUUUCAAUACCGAAGUAUAAACCAAGUAACAAAAUAAAAGGUUUUGCAUUUGUGGAAUUUGACACCCCAGAGGCAGCCAACAAAACACUGGAGGCUUUUGGUGCCAUGGGUUGUCGGUUACCAGCUCAGAUGCCACCAGAUAACCUUUGCAGCAUAGCAACAUUUGAGCAAACAUCUGAGGAAGAUAAAAAUGGAGAGGAAACCACAAUGACUACAGAAACUGCAGAGAAAUCUGAUUCUGAACAACCAACCAACCAGAAGAAAAGAAAACUGGAAAAUGCAGAUUCUAGCAUCGAUAGUGAAACCGGUGCAGAUACUGGUCUGAGCAGAAAGAAAAAGAAGAAAAAGCAGAAGAACAAUGAAGGCGAGUUGACUUCUCAAGAAGCUGAAAAAGAGGAGGUACCUCCAUCAAAAUCUACAGUGGAGAAUGCUGGAAGUGGCAAGACUGUGAGGAAAAGGAAAUCCAGAGACUCAAAUCCACAAAUGCACGAUGCUGAUACAGAAAAUGAAACUAGCCAUGCCGAAGUUGAUAACGAGUCUGAAAGUGUGGCAACAGAAGAAGCAAAGUCAAAGAAACAAAGGCGGGAACAAGAAACAGAAGCUGACAGUGGUGAUGAAUGUGAAAUGAAGUCAGAUGAUGCUGCUGAAGAGAGCAAAGAUAAUAAUACAGGUGAAGAAAGAAGAAAAAAGAAGAACAGGAACAGAAAGCGAAAGAAGAAAGUGAAACAAGAAAAUGAUCCGAGCAAACUUGGAUUAAAGAUUUUGUCCAAGCGUGAAUGGAAACGCCUCCGAAAUAAAUACCUGGACUUGCAGCGUAGCAAAAUGAAGGCAGUGAAGCAGCAUCUGGCGAGGGCGAGGUGGGCUUCUCAGACUCCCCGUGCAUACAGUGAGGAUGGUGAAAAUCACCAUGAAGUGGCACAGCAGCAAGCAGUUGUGUCUGCAGAACCUCCUCGAACUGUGUUUACUCCGGGCGUCAUAGCACAUGUUACACUUGACGAGCCUAUCACUGAUGUGGUGAAGUUCAAGAGUGAUGUAAGAGGAUAUUCUGAUGUGCAGUACGUUGACAUCUUAGAAGGGACGAAUGAAGCAUAUGUGAGAUUCUCUUCACCAUCAUCUGCUGCACAUUUUGUUCAAGAGAAGCCUUUUGGCAGUAUGGAGAUACUCUCUGGUGACGAGGAAAUGAACUACUGGAAUAAAAUAAAACAGGACCGAGCAGAAAAAUUCUCUCAGAAGAUUAAAGUGAAACAGAGAGGAAGAGACAAAUUACUGAAACGUGUCGAGAGAGAACUAGGAAAACACAUAAGAUUUGAUGAAUAGUUAUUACCGUUGUUGGUCAAAACUGAAGCGUUGUGUGUAUCUAAGAAAAACAAAUCAUGAUCCAUAUUUGUACAUUCAUCAUUGUAAUUCAUGAGAGAAGAUAAAAUUUUACCAAUACAAUAAUUUAUUUUA